AUGGAUUUUAUUGUUGUUGCUUCCGGUGUCGUAACAAUGUUGCCUUUUACGCCGUCGGAUGGCGAAGGAAGAGGUUCAGUCGAUUUGAGGACACUUCGAGCUGUUCGUGUCCUCAGGCCACUCAAACUUGUCUCCGGCAUACCAAGUUUACAAGUGGUGCUAAAAUCAAUACUGUAUGCAAUGGCGCCUUUGUUACAAAUUGGCUUAUUAGUUCUCUUUGCUAUUGUUAUAUUUGCAAUUAUUGGAUUAGAAUUUUAUUCCGGUAUAUUCCAUUCCGCAUGUUAUAAUGCCCAUGGUGAAAUUGAAAAUCUCAGUGAUCGUCCAUCUCCAUGUUCGAAUAAAUCAGCAGCAACGGGUGCGUAUAACUGUGAAGUGGAGGGUACUGUAUGCCUUACUCAAUGGAUUGGACCGAAUUAUGGUAUCACUUCAUUUGAUAAUAUUGCAUUUGCUAUGAUUACUGUAUUUCAAUGUAUUACUAUGGAGGGAUGGACCACUGUAAUGUAUUAUACGAAUGAUUCACUUGGUAGUACAUACAAUUGGGCUUAUUUUAUACCUCUAAUUGUUCUUGGUUCUUUUUUUAUGCUCAAUUUGGUCCUUGGUGUCUUGUCUGGUGAAUUUGCGAAAGAACGUGAAAGAGUUGAGAAUCGUCGAGAAUUCUUGAAAUUACGUAGGCAACAACAAAUUGAACGUGAAUUGAACGGUUAUCUGGAAUGGAUUUUAACCGCUGAAGAAGUAAUUCUGAAGGAGGAACGAACAACUGAAGAAGAAAAAGCAGCUAUUAUGGAAGCACGACGACGAACUGCAGCAAAAAAAUUGAAACAAGUAAAUAAACGACAAAGUACCGAAACAGAAGAGGAUGUUGAGGAUGAGGAUGAAGAUGAGGAAGAUUACCUGAAUGAAGAAACUGAAGGUAAAAGAGCAAAACAAACUGCUUGGGGAACAAUAUGCAAGAAGGUACGACAUAUGAGGUUUGGAUUUUGGCUAAAUUAA